AUGCAGUCACCUUUGUUAGAUCAUUGGAAAGCUCUUCCAAUAGACAAGUAUGAUGGUACUACAGACCCCGAUGAACAUAUUGACAUCUUCCUUACUCAAGUGACGUUGAAUACCACAGAUGAUGCGGCCCUAUUUUGCUACCGGCCACACCAACUAACCUCCCUGUCACUGGUCAACAUUCGGCAAGAUAAGAAAGAGUCGCUACGAGCCUUCAUGGAUCUGUUCAACAAGGCAGCCCUUGAAAUCAGGAAUCUCAAUGCAGCAGUGGCACUUCACCAUCUUACCACGGCUCUAAAGCCAGGGCCUUUUGUUAACAGCAUUUGCAAAAAAAACCCCGUUGACAUGGAUGAUUUACGGAGAAGGGCGGACAAAUAUAUGCAGAUGGAAGAACUAGCCAAUUUCCGCAACCAAGCCCGAGCCGAACCAGUAAGCAAAGCCGAAAAGGUGGCGGAACAACCAUUCAGAGGGCGGAACAAGGAGUUAACCCUCCGAGAACUACCCGCACGCAAUCCGAAAUAUUCUCACUACACUCCUCUCAAUGCAAGCCGAGCCACCGUGCUUGAACAGGCUCUGGCAUCGGAAGUGUUGGCAGUCCCCAAAAGAGCAUUAACUCCCCCCCGAGAUGAUACAAACAAAUCUUGUAGGUAUCACCGCAAUCGCGGACAUUCCACAGAGGAGUGUGCGGCCCUCAAGGAUCGGAUUGACGAUCUAAUCAAACAAGGACAACUCCAAAAUUUUGUUGAUCGGCCAAACUCGUCUCGGCAUCAGCCCGCAUACCAGUCUCAAAACUGGGACAGACACGAGCGCUCAAAUAGACAUCGCCGCGAGCGCUCAAAUAGACAUCGCCGCGAGCGCAGUCGAUCAAGAGACAGAAAGGAAGAACCACAAAUGUCACAUAGGUGCGUAAUCAACACAAUUGUCGGAGGCUUUGCGGGGGGAGGAUCAACUUCGUCGGCUCAAAAGAGACAUCUGCGGGUAGUCAGAUCAGUCAAUGUUGUUGAAAAAUGA